AUCAGUCACACUUCGUGCCUCGGCAAGAUCGAACACAGAAAUGAGCAGCCAUAAACCAAAAGCCAAAUCUCAUAAUCUCAUUAUCUCAAUCUGCAGCCAAGCCAAAGCAGAACCCAUCAGCUAGCUAGCGGUAGCAUAUCUUGGAGAUUUGAUAGUCUCUGUUGUACGUAUCGUAUCAAUUAUUAACGUGCUUGGAUCCUUUCAUUCCGUUAUCUCUAGCUAGCUACACGGUACUGGUAUACGGUACCUCAUGAAGAAUCGCAAUAAGGAGCAGAAGCCCCAAGAGCAGAAGCAACGGCCAGUGACAAAACGUUGCGUGGCAUGCCAACGGUGCAAGGACAAAUCUGGAUUCUACCAGAAGCAAUGGAAGAAGGAAAACAGCACUGGCUAUUGUCAACCUUGUUGGGAAGACUUUAUCCUUCGCAAGCAACAGGGUAUACGUGCAGACGUCAUUGGUCCCGUAGACUCCAGUACCAGUCCUACGAGCACAGCCACUUCCAGGUCAUCUUUGCAUGUCAAGAUCCCUGAUCUUCCUUCGCCUGAACCUGAAGCUGAACUUGAUACUACAAGCACAAGUACAUGUACACUUAAGCCUGAAGCUGGAGCUGAUUCUGUCUCCACUCGACGAAGCAAGCACAAGACAACGAGAAGCUACAAGGACAAGCCUUCCCACGGUCAGGCCAAUGACAAUCUUAGUCUUUCACCUGCCACAUUCUCUUCUGACAAAUCCCUCUCGGAACCUGAUGUGGCAUCGAAUGACAUUGUGGUCUCUGGGUCUGAUGUUGUCCCCGUGAAUCAGCAAGACAAAACAGCUCUACUAGUAGAGAAACCCAAGAACAAGCAGAACACAAAGCGUUGCCGAGAUUGUGGCAUUCCCAAGCAUCAGGUCGAUUUCUAUCCUACCGAAUGGAGCAGACUCUCGGGAGCUGGAUUUUGCAAACCAUGUUGGUACAAAGCCAAUCAUAUUAUUGUGCCAUUGUCGAUGACAACACAACAAGAUCACGACAAGCCUGCGACUGUGAUGACCGGGCCACCCGGACCAACUCGAGAUCAGCCAGUCAUCUCUGAUGCAACCAACCGUAUUCGCACAAACAAAAAGGCCAUCAAUCGCAAACAACCGACAAUGAACACCGGUCCACCAUCCGAUUCUCCAAAGGACAAUCACUCCUCUUUUGCCUCCGCUGAUCCACAGGGAAACACCACCAUCAGUAACGAAUCGCGAAAACGCGGCGACACACGACGUGAUGAUGAUGAAUUUCCGAGACCAACUUCACGUACAAGUCUUCAGAGCAGCCACCAGGGACUCGACAAUGCAAGUACUACCAGUCAGACAAUCUCCCAAAAGGACAAUCCUAAAACGACGAGCAACCUCGGAACGCCCCCAAAAAACCGGAACAAGCACCCCCGCGAAAUGAGCACGAGCGACAAUCCACAAAAAGAAAUGACGCACGACAAUGCGCAUCCCGAGACAAUGAAUCAGAAAGUCACGGAAGCGACUCGUCGUCGUCGUGCCAGUACUCUGCAAAAGAACGUGGCUCGUCGUCGUGACACGGACGAUAUUGGCGACAAUCGCACCAAUAAUUUGGCCAUGGAAGCGGACAACGAGGCAACAACAACGUUGGGCAAUAAGAAGCCUCCUCCAUCCACAAACGUCAGCCGUGCCACCUCGUCAAAGACUAGUAAUGACCUCAAAAGCAGCAGCAACAACAACAAACGACACCCCAGUGGCACAGUGGGAGGAGGCAACUACAAGAGCCACGAUACGACCUAUGACAACGACCUCGACAGUGAUCACGACCAUGACGACUCGGGUGACAAGAAUGGUACCAGCAGUACAUGCGCCCAACAAGUCAAACAGACCAGUGGCAACCGCAUUCCACGAAAGCAGCCGCAAACGCUUACGGUCCGUGGUGGUGGCAGGGACAAAACGAAAGGACGAGUGACAGUCAUUCGAGCCCGUAGCGUCAAAGACAAGGGCAACGGGACCAUCCGUAUCAACGAUUUUAUCAAAGAGCCAUCUACCAGUCGUCAUACCGGUAAGGGCAAUCGAUUGAUUGACCCCCGUGGUAUUGGAAACGCCAAGCGCAACGAGACGGAAAACGAAAGAGGCCGCAUUCAAGAGUGUUCCCCCAAAGAAGACCAACCAUCUCGCAGCCAAGCCGCAAAGAGCAAUGAUCGACACGCCAAGAACCAGCAGCAUCUCCAAAAUGGUACCAGCCACAGUGAACAAGUCGUCGACAAACUUAGUACAAACGGAACACGCAACGACGUGGAGACGACGACGAAUCCUCCAUCGACAAGCCAUGAUCCAGCGACUCGUGAAACGCGGCGAAUUGAGAAUGAAUGCAGCCGAGUCAACAAGCAACACGAAAAUAAUACCAAUCGUAAUGGCAAAAAGAGUGUCAGCCGCAACGAGGAAAAGGUCACGACAGUCAUCCGAAAACGUGACAGUGGCAAUACCAAUGGCGUGCCAACCUGCCGCCGUAAACCGGAGGCCUCGUUUUCGUCAAGCCGCCCAAGCAACGACAAGGACAGCAGUGAAAACCCCAACACUGGUAGCAAUCUCAUUGGACCAAGCAGCUGCCAAAAAGAGGACGAGAGUCUGCCAACAACUAUGAGCCCUUGUCGCAAGGACAACGCGAGGGCAGUGCUACGGCCAAGCUCAAGUUGCAAGGGCCGACACCCAGAGACUGAAUUCGACGAAACACAGUGGGAAUUGUCCAUCCAUGGCAACGGGCGGUGCAAGACUUGUCCACCUGUCAACGACAAUGGCAAGAAUAGUGACCAUGCCAAGAAUCUUGGUAUGCGCAACACGAACUGCAAGGCCAAAGACAUCCUAUUAUCAUCCCAGUCAGGCAAGAGCAAUACGGUUGGCCAUGACAAUCAACUAAUUGUUUUUGAAAAGAAAGACACCAACAAAGAAACCAACAAAGCCAGCGAGCAGGGCAACAAGACAAUCAGCUGCCCUGGCAAAAUCUCCGAGAAGGUACCCGUAGUGCACCCAACAGACAAGCUUCGUCCGUGCAAGAAAUGUCAUCAGUCUCUCCACAAGACUGGUUUCAACAAAAAGCAAUGGUCGUUGGCUCUGUUUGGCUAUGGGAAGUGCACGCAGUGUCCGGAGGACACAAAGCUGUGCUAUGGAUGCAACCGUGAACGCAAUUGUGGGUGCUUCAGCCCGUCCCAAUGGGAUUUACCCUCCGGUCAAAGUUCCUGCAAGAAGUGUGAAAAUAUCCAGUCGCUCGAGACUCGCUACAGCAGCGUAGUGUAUUCUGGCACCUGCCGUCCCUUGGCAGUACCCAUGAAGAUCGACAAGACGGAGCAAGCGAUCAACAAUUUAUGUGUAGUGACGAGUGAUACCGCCAACAAUGAGCACGAUUUGCUGGCGGAGAAGGUACCCAUACACAGCAAGAACGGCAAGCGAAAAGGACGAUCUUGCGAUAACGAGCAGAACUCAAACGAGAGCUGCGACAAGCAGAUUGGUGCCAGAUCUCCCGAAAAGAAGAAGGUCAAACAUGACAAGGCCAACGUACGAAUCGAAAGCAGUUCGGACGGCGCAGCAACCACGACAUCGGACGAGGCUGAAUGGUCUCACACAACCGAGGAACGAACGGUGAAUGGAACAGGGGAUCCAAUCAUGAAAAAAUGUCAAGGUUGUGGAGCGUCCAAGUCUCACAUUGGAUUUGCAGAGAAGCAAUGGGAACUCGCCACCGGACUGGGAAUCUGUGUCGUUUGUGAAAACCCCACGAGCAAGCGAAAACGUGAACAACCUCCCGCAGUCACUGGGCAACCCUCAAAGAAGAAGGCCAAGAUCAGCUACAAGCAGUUUGAAAAGCGCUGUGCCAAAUGCCGCUCAUCCAAUGGGGUCCCUGGAACUUGGCAUGACGAUUCGACUUGCAAGGCUUGUGUUGAGGCCAAGUACUUUGGUGCCCCAGGGAUUCCUUAUCAGCGUUUCAAAGCGUACGGCAUUGACGAAUGGAAGCAGUUCGACGGCAAAGACGACCCUUUUUUGGUGGGCACCUAUCAUCCAAUCUACUACUCGAGUUCUCGUCUUGUCCCGGACCACGAGAUGGAAGAUGUGUCCCGAGGCGGAUUACGUGGCUGCAUGAAACUCUCGCUUACGUCGUCGGGAGACACUAGUACAGCCUUGGCUGGUGAAUUUGAGCUGGACUACACUGGCAACGACAGCCUGUUCCAGGCAUCACGUCCUUGUGGAUCCUUGGUGGACUCGAAAGCGUUCCUGGACACAGCCAAUGAAUCGAUUGACAAUCUGCACGACAACCCAACCUCCAAAACCCUUGUUCUGAAUCGAAAGAUUGGAUUGGACCCCACUUGGUUUCGUAGCCUUGACAAAACGGCAUUGUCCAGAGACACCAAGACCUAUUGUAGCGCCAAACUCAGGGUUGUCGGUGGCAGCAAACCCUACGCGUUGGGCUUGGAGUUUGAUCAGUUGCCGGCAGCAUUGCAUGCCUUUACUCCCACGUACGGUGGAGAACAGCCAGAAGACUUGGGUCACGCCCUGGCCAUGCUGAGCAAAUAUCGAAAUGGUCGCAAUUCUUGGAUCCACAAGCACUUGGGGUGGCCUGACAAGGUGGCCUCCCUCAUUCGUUCCUUCAUGGCCCCGGAACCAGUUAUGUUGAUCAAACCUGGUGAUUUGGUGUUGGAGGUUGAGGAGAGCCCAGAACGCGAGUGGACAAAGACUUUCAUUUUUCGCAAGAGUUGUAUCAUAGAAAUCAUGGACUGACCCAAGGAAGGACUUGGCUGGCGGUGAAUUGAAACUCGGACCAUAGAAAGCACGCCUUAGACACAGCUGAAAAACUGGCUUCGCCUUGACAUUAGACAGUGCAUUGGAAAGAAGCCCCCUUGUUGGCACUUGGCUGUUCCUUUGGCUGUCAUGUUUGGAUACGAACCGGUAGUGGAUACGGCAUGGGCAAGCGGAAGAGGAGACUCUUUAGCUAGCUAGCUGGUGCAGUACACGCAAAACCCAAAGCUGUUCGACAAGUGUCAAGUCAAAACAGAUAUGCCUUCUAGCUAGUAGGUCUCUCAGCUGGUUAGAUGCCGUAAGAACCCAGUCUUUGUGCAACCUUGGUUUACCGCAUCUACCAGGUACCCAGCUCUACCAAAUAUAUGUCUUCCAGUCUUCGAUGGAAAUGACCGUGCCUUGCAUCACGUGUACGCACACCAAUUCUGUUUUGUCGUCGUCGUUGUUGGAUUGUUAUUAUUGUUGUUGUUGGAUUGGUUCAGCGACUGGAAGCCAGAGCUGGAUAACAAUACUCUU